UCACCUGGAUUUCUUCGCAAGAUUGUUUCGAAUAAUCAUUUUUGUGUACUAUCUACUAAUUGCUAAUUAAUCCUCUCUUUCUGCCGCAAUCAUGGGAUGGUUUUGGGCUGAUUCCGACGUAUCAGUCGUGAAUGCAAGAGGCGCUCCUCAUGCCAUCCCCAAAGAUAACACCCUUUCACCACCACCAGGAUGCCCAAUGCAUCAAAGCUCUGCUGCUGUCGCCAAACCUCCCACGCCUCCCGCCGAAUCAGCAUGCCCAUACACCCCAGCAGAUCUCUCCGACUCCAAAGCUCCCUCCAAAUACUCCAAGUACAAUCCUUUGAACUACAUGUUCUCAGAUCUCACACAAGACCGAGCCGAGAAUCAAACAGUAGCUCUGCCUACAGAGCGCGAGCCAUCAACAAUCCCCAAGGGCAAUGGAGAAGGAAAUUGGGAGUACCCAUCGCCACAGCAGAUGUAUAAUGCUUUACUGCGAAAAGGAUAUACGGACACGGAUGCGACCGCUGUUGAGUCUAUGGUAUCUGUUCAUAAUUUCUUGAACGAGGGAGCUUGGGCAGAAAUUGUUGAAUGGGAGCGAAGGUUUGGCCGAGGUUGGGGUAGGGCUUGGGAAAUCUGCAAGAGAGGAGAACAGGCUUCAAUGGCCAGUGCUUCUCUAGGAGCAAACGAGGAUGAAGUUCCACAACCCAAAUUAGUGAGAUUCAUGGGUAGACCAAAGGAGAUGACCCCAAAGGCUGCUAUGUACCAGGUUAUGGGCUGGAUAUACCCCAGUGCUUUUGCGACCGAACCGCCUUUCGAUCGCCACGACUGGUUUGUUCAACGAGAAUACAAGGGUCAGAAGAAGGAAGUAAGAUAUGUGAUCGACUACUACUCUGGGCCUGACGAUACGGAUGGAAAGCCUGUGUUUUACCUCGAUGUUAGACCUGCCGUUACACCGACUGCCGCAGUUGAGAGAUUGAUGAGAUGGGGAGGAGAUGUUUGGUAUAGAGGUUCUGGAGCACAAUUGAGAGAGAAACAAGAUGCAUAAGAUUGCGAUAGACGAUUUCAGACUGUGCAAUGGAUGUUAUGGCGCCUGUUCGGCGUAUGGGAUCAUGGAUAUGCUUUUCAUAGCGCUUCAUGAUGGGAAUAGCUAAGUUUGUGGAGUUACUUCCUUCCAUUGGGUCUAAAGCUCUGGCGUUUGAAUGAUUUGUGAUUUGAGUUCUCCACUCUCAUAUGUGCGGUUCUUGUACCAUACUUGAAUAGCAAGCAAUUACAAUACCACAAUUCUGCACUUAGCAGCUGUAGAUAUCCAAGC